ACAGUCGCACAGGGCGAUGGUGUGUUGUGUUUUGUUAGUGAAGCGUGUAAAUACAAAUGCAAACGAAGAAAAUCCUCACAUAUGUUCCUUAGAUUUGUUUUCGCCACAAUUAAGCAUAAAUGGCCGAAAUAAAUGACGGCAAUCAGUAUUCGACAUGGGUUGGUCUGAUAUACAUUUUCAACUUGAUCGUUGGCACAGGAGCAUUGACUCUUCCAGCUGUCUUCAGUCGUGCAGGAUGGAUGCUUGGUCUGAUAGUAAUUUUAGUCUUAGCUUUUAUAAGUUUCGUCACAGUCACAUUUGUUAUCGAAGUAAUGGCGUCAGCCAAUGCCAUAGUUAUAUGGCGUCGCAUACAGCAACGAAAACGAGCACUUGAAUCUUUAGGAGAUUCUGAACCUUUUAAUUCAGAUUCAGAAGACACUCCUCUGGUUCAUGCCGCAGUUGCAAGUUCAGUAGGAAGCGAGACAAGACACAGAUACUAUGUUAUUAAUGAGAAAAUCGAAAUGGGGGAGAUGGCAUCAAUUUUUUUUAGUAGAUUUGGAACUAUGCUGUUUUACACGUGCCUCGUUGUUUAUCUUUAUGGUGACCUGAGCAUCUACGGCGCAGCUGUCGCGAAAUCUCUAGCCGAUGUUGCUUGCACUUUACCACAGAAUUUAACGAGCAAUGAUACUAUUCCUGAUGCUGAAGCUUGUUGGGAAAAUUCGAGUAUCAAUAGACUAGAUGCCUAUCGACUUUUUCUGACACUAUUCGUUAUCUCGUUGGGACCUUUUGUAUUUUUCAACGUUCAGAAAACUAAAUAUCUACAAUAUGUGACCUCAGGAAUGCGUUGGCUUGCUUUCAGCAUUAUGAUUGUUUACGCGCUACGUCGUAUUAUUGUCGAUGGCCCCCAGGGAAAUCCUUCGCCUGUAAAUUUAUCUGGAGUCCCGGGAUUGUUCGGGGCAUGUGUUUACUCCUUCAUGUGUCAUCAUUCCCUGCCAGCUUUAGUCGCUCCAAUUAGCAACAAGACAACACUCAACAAAUCCUUAGCAGUCGACUACUUUAUAAUCGCCUUUUUCUAUCUCAUCUUAGCAUUCACCGGAGCUUUUGCUUUUGAGAAACUCGACAAUCUAUAUACUUUAGAUUUUGGACCAGGCGGACCCGAGGCCUUUACUAGUUUUUUUAUGGUCAUCAUUGAAUACUUUCUAGCGUUAUUCCCCGUUUUCACACUGAGCACCAGUUUUCCGAUCAUCGCGAUUACCUUAAGAAACAAUUUGCAAACCCUCUUUUUAAAAGAAGAUGGAACCUAUAAUUUUUGUCUUCGAAAAUUGAUCUUCCCCAUUUUAGCUGUUGUGCCACCUUACCUGAUCGCGAUGAGUACGAAAGAUUUGUCAAUUUUGGUAGAAGUUACGGGAUCUUAUGCGGGUGCUGGAAUCCAGUACUUAAUUCCAACCUUUUUGGUUUAUCACGCGAGACAGAAGACUCAGGAGGUCAUUGGUCAAGGCGUUAUCAACAAGUUUGCGAGUCCUUUUAAAGGAAUUUAUUGGCUCGUUUUUGUCAUCGUGUGGGCGAUAGCUUGUAUGAUUUUGGUCUCAGUACAUUUAAUGGAGGUGCAUUUGGCAGAUAGGUCGGUCAGAGAGUAAAAUUUUCGCGAAACUUAUAAUUGGGUUUCAAAAAAUCGAAGAUUCGAACAUUUUAAAUUCAAAUAUUUUUUAAUUUAGUCAAUAGUAAAUUCAAGAGGUUUCAUAGAAUUAAUUUAUAGCCGUCAAUAUGGUUUUAGUUCAAAAUACUUGCCAUUUUCAGUUAGACUGGUUUUCGGAAAAGGCCAUGAUACUAUUAUAAACUGUAGAGAUAAUUGCGCUCAGUAAACAUUUUUAUAGCUAUUUUGUUUUGAAAAAGCAUUAGAUUAGAAUUAGAUCAUGCUAUUUGAAACUGAAUCAAAAGUUUUUGAGAGAAAAGGAAUUUCCAUUUUAAUGUUUAAACUCCCUUCCAAAAAGGUGAAACUAAGUAGACAAUACUCUGGUGCAAGUCAGAAUAAGUGAUAUACGAUAAUAUAAACAAGGACUUUUUACAGAAUUUACUGCAUUUUUUGAAACAGAAAACAGUGUAAUAAGUAUUUGUUAGAGAAUUUUUAUUUUUAGUAAAGAACCUAAAAUAAUAUAAUUUUUCUUCAUUAUUUUUAAUUUUUUAUAAAUAAUAUACAAUUGUAUUGCCGCUAAUUUUUUAUUUUAAACAUCCUUCUCACCGAAUGAAUUAUUAUUAAUAAUAUAAUAUAUAUAAUAUGAAAGCUGCUGCGAUUAAAUGGGGUACAGUGAAUAUUACAAAAAGACUUGAUUAAUUGCUACAGGCUAUGAAGUUACAGUGACAAUAUUGAGCACUACAGGAAAAUGAAAUGCAGAAAUAUUUAUUGGUAUAUAUUUUUCAUAAAGAAGUACCUUAAAUGCCACUGAAAGAAAAUGUUCUUCUAUGCCUAAGCUAUGUAGGUGGUGUUAAGGUUUUAACAAAUUAAUAUUCACUAUUGAUGCUACUUCGUUUUGCGUGGAAUUUAUUGUUGAGGAAUAUCUCUUAGUGUUGCGUCAAUUGUUCGUCGCAGGAAAUUAGGCUUUAAAAAUGGUGUGUGAUAUACAUAUAUAUUUUCUUGUAAUGUAAAACUUUAAGAUAAAUGUAAUAUAAGUUUAUA